GAGAGUGAAUGAUAGAGUUGAAGAAAUGGAUAGGGCAGUAGAUAUUAUCUAAUCCGGAGGGUUUUGAAGAUCAUCACACCUCAGCACCUUCAUCUGCCACUUCACCACUCUCACCCUAUAAAAUUCCAGCUUCAGAUUACACAUUUUCUUCACCACCAAUCCCGAUUGGCAUGUCUGCAUCCAUUAGUUCAACCUUUUAGCAUAUCAAUUUUCUCAGUCUCUUCAUCCUCCACCACUUGUCUUCUUUUCUUUUCUCUAAGUCUUCGACAUUGAAACUGCAGAUUAAUCAAUCAUGGCUUCCUUGGCAGCAUCAACCUCUCUUGGUGUCAAGGAAAUGCUUGGCAACCCUCUCAACUUCACUGCCUCUGUCAGGUCUUCUGCCCCUACUUCUUCCACUUUCAAAACUGUUGCCCUCUUCUCCAAGAAGAAGCCUGCUCCUCCUCCCAAGUCUAAGCCUGCCGCCGUCUCUCCUAUCAACGAUGAGCUUGCCAAGUGGUAUGGUCCUGACAGGAGAAUUUUCUUGCCUGAUGGACUCUUGGACCGAUCUGAGAUUCCUGAGUACUUGACUGGAGAGGUUCCUGGAGACUAUGGCUAUGAUCCUUUUGGUCUCAGCAAGAAGCCUGAAGACUUCAGCAAAUAUCAGGCUUAUGAGUUGAUUCAUGCCAGAUGGGCAAUGCUUGGAGCAGCUGGAUUCAUCAUCCCUGAAGCUUUCAACAAAUUUGGUGCCAACUGUGGCCCUGAAGCUGUUUGGUUCAAGACUGGAGCUCUUCUCCUUGAUGGAAACACAUUGAAUUACUUUGGAAAGAACAUCCCAAUCAAUCUUCUUGUUGCUGUCAUUGCUGAAAUUGUUCUUGUUGGUGGUGCUGAAUAUUACAGAAUCAUUAAUGGCUUGGAUUUGGAGGACAAGCUUCACCCAGGUGGUCCAUUUGACCCAUUGGGGCUAGCCAAGGACCCUGACCAAGCUGCAAUUCUAAAGGUGAAGGAGAUAAAGAAUGGAAGGCUUGCAAUGUUUGCCAUGCUUGGAUUCUACUUCCAAGCCUACGUGACAGGUGAAGGUCCAGUUGAGAACCUUGCAAAACAUCUCAGUGAUCCUUUUGGCAACAACUUGCUUACUGUCAUCGCUGGAACCGCUGAGAGAACUCCUACUCUGUGAUUUCAGUUGCUCUACUUUUAAUCAAACCUCUAUGCAUUGUACAUUUCAUGAUCAAGACAUUUGCAAGGUGUUGAACCUUAAUUAUUUCUGCCAAUUCAAUUCCCAUGUGUUUCAAUUA